UAAUGGGAUGAAGCUCAAGUGGAAAGAGCACAAAUAGACCUGGUCAGGUCAAUAUAAACUUCACGCCUACUGUCCACACAGAGCUCUUUGUUUAUACCUGCCAGUGGAGAAGCACCUUCAGUCAUCUACUGACUGAGUUUUUUACCUUCUAAGACACUGAGCUCAAGAAUGAAGCUUCUGCUCGGUUUGGUUGUUCUGGUGGUGACGCUGGGGGUCCUUUACUCUGCCCCAGAGGAUCAACCCAGAGGCGUCUCGGAGGACACCUUAAAACAGCUAUCGCUGAAUGGCGAGAAACUGGUGGAUGAGGAGGUGCGGAGAGCUCUGUACGGGGUGAAGCAGAUGAGGGAGGUGAUGUGGAGGAACGAGCAGAAGCACGGACACCUCAUGAAGUCGCUCCGACACAGCAGUGACAAGAAGAAGGGGGCAGACCAACUGGCUAAGGAGGUGACCGAGAAGCUGGAGGAGGCAGAGGAGCAGUGUAAAGACUCCCUGCAGUCGGAGUGGGAGGAGUGCAGCCCCUGUCUGAAGGAUGCAUGCAAAUCCUUCUACACCUCCACCUGCCGCAGGGGAUUUGGCGCUUUCCAUGCCAAGGUGGAGAACUUCUUCCGCAGAGUGUCCAGGCGCUUUGGCCCCCGUGAGCCUCGCAUGGAUGCAGAGGACAUCCUGGUGAAUCAGGGCCCUGACCAAACCGCCACUGAGAUUGACCGCAUCGAGGAUUCCUUCAACCGUCUGACCAGCAGGGUGGGCUUGCUGGUGAACCGCAGCGUCGCCCUAGUCUCCAGGAUGAGCAGCAGACUGGACAAAGUCCUCCAGAGGGCCUUUCUGAACGACAGCGACAUCCUGACGGAGGAGACCACCGCUGAUCCCUACGACCCCAGCCGGGACUCAGGCUUCCUGCAGGGGGUGGGACUGGAGGAUGUGCUGGACUCCUUCUUCGACUUUGGCAAGAGUGUGGUGGAGGAGUUUGGAGCUGUGGUGACCCAGGUGUUUGAUGACAUCCACGAGGCAGUAGAGGAAGAGAAGAAGAAAGGGAGGGACAUUUUCCCCCGUUUCCUGCAAAACAGGAAGUUGUGCCGAGACCUUCGCAAACAGACCUCAGAGUGCUGGCAGCUGCAGAACCAGUGUGAAGCCUGCCAGGGGGCCUUGCUCACAGAGUGCCCCAGUGUCCGGGAGCUGCAUGUCGAGCUGGAUGAGGUUUCCCAGCUGCUGGAUGUGUCCAAAGAGCAGUUUGACGAGAUCUUGUCUAUUGUCCAGCAGCACACUGAUGAAACGGUCAACUGGCUUAGCAACAUGGCAUCCGAGUUCAACUGGGUGGCUCCGGCUGUGAGCAACAGCAGCUCUCCUGAAAACAUCUUCCGAAUCACCAUGGUGGCGCCAAAGAGCCAGGACGAACAGAAUGACUCUGUGACUGAGACCAAGGUGGAGGUACACAUCCUGAACUCUCCCCCACUUCUCCUCUCUGUUCCUGGGGCGAUGCAGCUGCAGGACCCAGCCUUCAUCCAGUACGUGGCCCAGGAGGCUCUGAACAAGUACAAGGAGAUGGUCAGGUAUGAGGAUGAGUAGAACUAUGGUGUCUCCUUUUCUAAACUUCUACCAGCACUUUCUUUGUGAACAGAACUAGAUUGUGUUCCUGUAUCGUAGGACUAAUCUUGUUAAAAUGUAAAUACACUACAAUUUAACCAUGUCAAUCAUUACGACGUAUUGAAUGUAAAAAGAAGAAAAUGUAUCGUACCUGUUGUCAAAUGUUGUACUUAAAUUAAAACAAAUAAAUUACAAUGCGUGACUUAA